GAGUGGCACAAUGUUGUGACAGUUCUAGCUUCAUGUUUUGCACGUUUCACUUCGAAUUGUAAUUUUUUUCAUGAUUUAGCCGUAAAUUUGUAAUACAAAAUGCUUGCAACCCUAUCAAGGACCUAUUCCGGCGUUUCACUUUGCUCGGCUAAUCAAUUUCUCACUCAACAGACGCGGAACACGUUCAUCCUAAAACGCCGCACCCCACCGAAGCUGCACAAAAAGAACCAAAAACCAGACAAGCUGCGUGGUCGCCACUUUGUCUACGAUCUGGUCGAGGAUACCAACAUCAAGAAGAAACCCAACCUGGAAGUGGUUCUAACAUCCUUCGUAGAUGGUGUCGGUUCAAAGGGAGACAUAGUCUCCCUAAAGCCUCAUGUAGCCUACAAUCAACUACUGUUGCCUGGCUUAGCGGUAUAUAAAACACCCGAGGCGGUGGUCAAGUAUGCCGUCCCCGAACAGGAUAAGCAGAAGGAGCUACACAGCUCGGCGCAUGCCGCACGGACCGUCAGCAAGCUGGAGGAAAUCGUUCUAGCCGUGGUGAUGAACAAAGACCACCCGUGGGUCCUGGAGCGAUGGCACAUAAGGGCGUCUCUGCGCAAGGCGGGCUAUUACGUUCCCGAGGAGGCAAUCACCCUGCCCGAGCAGCCUAUCGAAGGGCCGGAUUUGCUUAAGCAGGGUAAGGAAUUCAUUUGCAUUGUGACGGUGAACAAUCUGGAAAAGGCUAGGCUACGGUGCCGCAUUCACCACUGGAGCACGGAACCGAGCGAACGGUUGCCGUACGUUGCCGAGCACUGGCUGCAGCCGGCCGAGCCGUUGUUUGGUGCGACACCAGCGGAACCAACGGAGGCGAAAAAGGAUUGAGUUGAAACUAAAUUAGUAGAGGUUUUACUGUUUAUUAGGAAUGAAUAAAUGUAAACUCGGAAAAUCUA